AUGGCGAGCGACCUCGACGUCACCGUCGGCCAGCGCGCCUUCCACGCGCACCAGUACCCGCUGUACGCGUUAGUAGCCUUGCUUCGUUCCCAGUACGCGUUACUAGCCUUCUCCCUGUCAACGGUGAUAGCGAGCACGGCAGCAGCAGUGGACGAGGGGAGGGCACCGGGCCCAUACAAGCGAAUAUCUCAUUCCUCCCUGGCGCCGCGCUCUCCUUCUCCCUGUCCCUUAUCCUUACCGCUCCUCUUCUCACCCCCCUUAUCCUUACCCCUCCACUUCUCACCCCCCUUAUCCUUACCCCUCCUCUUCUCACCCCCCUUAUCCUUACCCCUCCUCUUCUCACCCCCCUCCUUCUCACUUCCCCCCACCCCUCCCCCCUUUUCCUCUCCCCCUGGCAGCAUCACUGCUAGAGAUGAGCGCGUGUGCGCCCAGCCCAGCCAUGCGCUACUGCUGCCACAGCUAGCCUCUCAGCGCCGCCACCACUUCCUGCAGCACUGCCCGCACUGCCUGCACAUGCUCAUCUCUUUCAGGCACACCCUGCAGCAUCUAUCAUUUCUCCUCCCCGACCCCGCCACCCUGCCUCUCUCCACCAACCUGCUCUUCCACCUGCUCUCACACGCCUGCCUCUGCGCCAUGCCGCACUCUGCCCUCCUCUUCCUCUUCCAAGCUGCCACACACUGCCUCGCUCGGUAA